AUAUUCUGCAUCGGAUUAGCCUGGCACAUCUUGGAUUAACGUGCUGAUGCAAAUCACUACACUGAGUGAAAGCCCCCUGGGACGCAACGCCGCUGACACGGCUUCUGUGCUUCAAAUUAGAACGAGAUAGUGUCUCGCGUAUGUCGUAGGCUUCAAGCUCAAUUUUCAGCGGGAAUCACUUGUGUUGCUGUGGGUACAGGCGGCGCUGCACCCAUCAUAAGCAGCAGCCGUCGGUUAGUAAAGCGCUGCGAGCAUGUCAUCCGAUAAGGAAUGGAUGUUCUGCCCCAAAUCGGGCUACCUCCUCAGCCUGGACCCGCAGCGACAAGUCGCUGCAUGCCAAGUCUCCGGCUACGAGCGUAGCCUCGCAGAGCUUUCUGCUGUCAAGGUUGUUCUCCGAACCGAUAUGGAGGACUACCGCCGCCGCUUUGCCUUGGAGCCGCUGGUCAAGAGCGUGGAGGACGAGGAGCUCCUCAAAGGCCGGAAGAGGGCCACGGUGGAUGAGCCAUGUCCCAAGUGCCAGCACCGGCCGAUGGAGUACUACACGAUGCAGCUGCGCUCCGCGGAUGAGGGACAGACCGUGUUUUACGAGUGCCGGAAAUGCGGCUACAAGUACUCACAGAACACCUGAGCGCGCACACGCACUCGGCCAGGUGGUGCGCUCGCGGACCAUGCGGUUGACUUCUGGGACUCUGAUACGGAGUUAUGGAGCACGCUUAUGGCCGUGCAUGUCCGGGAAUCGCCCGGCCUUGGCGCACAGUGCGCAUAGGCUCGUUGGGCUGCUUGGCUCGCUCGCCGAGCUUAAGCUAGGAAGUCAUGCGUAUGCAUGAACGUAAGGAAUAACGUGUCAGGCACAUUAAGGAUUUUAUGAACGAUUGGCUUUGGAGCUCUCUUUCUACGCCUGCUCGGUUAUGUUAUUACCGCUGCGCUCGCGUGUGGCGCGUGCGGGCUUGUUAUUUAAGAUAUUGUUUUACUUGCAUCAAGGAAAUUAAAUUAUUAUAAAUUU